UUUCGUUCAUUAAUCAAUAGAUAUACUUUAUAUUAUCAAGUUAACAUGUAUUUGCAAAAUGAUUGUAUUAGCAAGUUGUUUGUGUUAUUUAUACAUAUAUUAUUCAUAUUGCACGCAUUAUUUGUACUACAAAUUACUAUGUUUUCUUGUAAUUCAUUGCCGAAUGAAUUGAAGUUUGAUUGCUUGCCGAAAAAUAAGUCUGAUCAAAUCAUUUGCGAACAAAUUAACUGUUGCUGGACACCUGAAAACCAAACGGAUACGCAAUGGCCAUGGUGUUAUUACUCAGAAUGUUACAAUAAUUACAAUGUAAUCAAUGUAUCGGAAACCAAUACAGGGAAAAUAGCAUUUUAUAAUUUAACUGCAAUGACUUAUAAUAAUUAUAAGAAAAAUAUUAAAAUGUUGCGUUUAGAUAUUGUUUUCGAAACUCCACAACGAUUACGAAUUACAAUUGAUGAUGUGCAUCACAAACGUUACAAGCCACCAUAUCCAAAAAUCCAUGAAUUCAAAGAAAAAUCGAAACAAAAUAAUAAUAAUACCAUUAAACUAUCAGAUUUUAAUGUAAGACUUGCCAAAACUGGUGUUGGGUUUGCAGUUAUUCGUAAAUCAGAUGAUACAAUUUUAUUUGAUAGUCGAAAUAUUGGAGGUUUUAUAUUUUCUGAUCAGUUCAUUCAAUUAUCAGCUUUACUACCUUCUAAGUAUAUUUAUGGAUUAGGAGAACAUAAAACUAAUUUAUUAUUAAGUUCAAAUUGGAAAAUGUAUACAAUGUUUAACCAUGAUAGUACUCCAAAACCUGGCAUAAACGGUUAUGGCUCACAUCCAUUUUAUCUACUAAUAGAAAAAUCAGGAAAAAGUCAUGGAGUUUUUUUAUUCAACAGUAAUGCCAUGGAUAUUCUAUUACAACCAGCACCCGCUAUAACAUACCGGGUAAUUGGUGGUAUUUUGGAUUUUUAUUUCUUUUCUGGACCAACACCUUCUGAUGUUAUUUCUCAAUACACUAAAAUUAUCGGUAGACCAUUUCUACCACCAUACUGGUCUUUGGGUUAUCAUAUGUGUCGAUAUGGACAGACUUUUGAGGAUCUGAUCAAAGUUUAUAAUAGGACAACAAAAGCUGGCAUUCCAUGGGACACUCAUUGGAAUGAUAUUGAUUAUAUGGAUCAUAAGGAUGAUUUUACUCUGUCUAAUAAUUUUAAUCAACUUCCUGAGUAUGUGAAUAGUUUACACAAGGUCGGAAUGCACCACGUGAUAAUUUUAGAUCCAGGCAUUCCUUCACGCCAUUUUAAUGAAAACUUUUUUGUCCCUUUAAAAGAUGGUCUUAAAGAUGAUAUAUUUAUAAAAAACUUUACUGGCCAGCCAUUGGAAGGAAAAGUUUGGAAUAAUGGUGGUAAAACAGCAUUCAUUGAUUUUACUCAUCCUAAAGCCACUGAAUUCUGGAAAAUCCAAAUUUCGAAUUUUCUUAAAGUUGUAAACUUUGAUGGUUUAUGGUUGGAUAUGAAUGAACCAGCUAAUUUUGUUGAUGGUGAUUUAAAUGGUUGUUUAUCAUUUGAAUCUGAUCAUUGGGAAAAUCCACAAUAUCUCCCUAAUAUAGUUGGUAACCAUUUGAAUUAUAAAACAAUAUGCAUGUCUGCACGCCAUUACGCUGGUGUUCACUAUAAUCUACAUAAUGUAUAUGGACUAGUUGAAACCAUAGCUACUUAUGAUGCAUUGUCAAAAUUGAAGAAUACUAGACCCUUUGUAAUUUCUCGAUCUUCUUUCCCUGGUUUUGGACAUUAUGCUGGUCAUUGGACCGGAGAUAUUAAUUCUUCGUGGGAUGAUAUGAAACAAUCUAUAACAGAUAUUAUAAAUUUUAAUUUAUUCGGCAUACCACUAGUCGGAGCAGAUAUAUGUGGUUUUCAUCACAACACAACUGUUGAAUUAUGUUCAAGGUGGAUUCAACUAGGAGCAUUUUAUCCUUUUGCAAGGAAUCAUAAUGACCAGUUUAUGAAAGAUCAAGAUCCAGCAGCCUUAGGAACUGAAGUUAUAUUAUCUACAAAGAAAUCAUUGUUGACUCGUUAUUCAUUAUUACCAUAUUUAUAUUCAUUGUUUUGGAAAGCCCACAUUGAGGGAGAAACUGUUGUGCGACCUUUGUUUUUUGAGUAUCCAUUUGAUGAUAAUACAUAUGCCAUUGAUACUCAGUUCUUAUGGGGUGCUGCUUUACUGAUUUUACCUGUUUUAAAAGAGAAAAGUCAUCAUGUAGAUGUCUAUCUUCCAAGAGACACGUGGUAUGAAUUUUAUAAUAAAAAUAUAAUAUUAAGUAACGGAAGUUUUUUUGUCAUUGAAGCACCAAUAGACACAAUUCCCUUAAUGGUACGUGGUGGAUUUAUAUUACCAACACAAAUGCCAUCUAUAACUACAACAUUGAGUCGUCAAAAUUACUAUGAAUUAUUAGUAGCAACUAAACGCAACCAAGCAGCCGGUUUUCUAUUUUUAGAUGAUGGAGAAUCUUUAGAUUCAUGGACAAAUAAUGCAUAUAAUAAAAUACAAUUUCGCCUAAUGAACACUACAUUAUUCAGUAUAGUAGAAAUGAAUAAUUAUAAUGAUAAUAAUUGUAUACUACAAAAUAUUACCAUACUUGGUGUUGUACGAGAACCAUUAAACGCAACAAUUAAUGAAUACCCUUUCAACCACUAUUUCUACAAUAAAACUGAAAAAGUUUUAUACUUCAAAAUGUUAAACUUAAAUUUAACAAAUUCGUUCAACAUAACGUGGUAA